CGGAUUGUGAGAGAUAUCAAGGCCUCUGCAGACGUGUGACCUUAGCUCUGAACGAGCUCCAUGGCCUCCAUUUGCAUGGAAUAUCGCGCUCACUCGUCUACAGCAACAUGUCGCUCGCACGCCCUGGCCCUCGAGCACUAUCGCGCCGCCUCAUCCUGUCCAAGCAACAAUUCCGCAACUAUGCAGCUCCCGGCGAGGGCAGCAUCCCCGCCUCCAAGAGGAAAUAUGUCCCAACCAGUGGCACAUAUCCGCUAGGUUUCAAAGUCGGCACCGCGCAUGUAGGAGUCAAGCCGAGCAACACGCGGUUCGACGAUCUCGCCCUCAUCGCUGCCGAGGAUCCGUGUUCGGCCGCCGCAGUCUUCACGACGAAUAAAUUCCAAGCUGCGCCUGUGACAGUGUCAAGCGAGAUAUUGAAGAGGAGGAAGGGUAACGGGAUAAGGGCUGUCGUUGUGAAUUCUGGUUGCGCAAACGCCGUGACGGGAAAAGCAGGAAUUGAGGAUGCAGAAGCCAUGGCCAAGAAGACAGACGAGUGCUUCAUCAAGGACAACAACGGCGAAGACGACGGCAGGGGCAGUCGCACACUUGUCAUGAGCACUGGCGUCAUCGGCCAGCGUCUUCCCAUCGAGAAGAUAACGAGCAAAUUGCCGGCAGCCUACUUCAACCUGGGCGGGACUCACGACCACUGGCUCUCCGCUGCCCGCGCCAUCAUGACAACCGACACCUUCCCCAAGCUCCUCUCCCGCACAUUCACCCUCCCCUCUACUGGCGACAGGCGGUACCAUAUCGCCGGCAUGACGAAAGGCGCAGGCAUGAUCCACCCCAACAUGGCCACCCUAUUAGGGAUCAUGUGCACCGACGUCCCCAUCGAUCCCUACCCCCUGCGAAAUCUUCUCCUGUCCGCCGUAAAAGACUCCUUCAACAGCAUCUCCAUCGACGGCGACACCUCCACCAACGACACCGUCGCCAUUCUCGCCAACGGCGCCGCAGGCGGCAAGGUCAUAUCAACCACAGACGCCUCCGACCCGGACUACGCCGCCAUGGAGGAAAUCCUCACGGACUUCUCCAUCGACCUCGCCCAGCUCGUCGUCCGCGACGGCGAAGGCGCCACCAAAUUCGUCGCCAUCCGCGUCACGGGCGCUCGCUCCUAUUCCGACGCGAAAAAAGUCGCUAACAGCAUUGCACGGUCGCCUCUCGUGAAGACGGCGCUCUACGGCAAGGACGCGAACUGGGGGCGUAUCCUGUGCGCAACCGGCUAUGCCGAAGGUGUCAGGAGCGUCGAGCCCUCGCACACGACCGUCAGCUUCGUCCCUCAGGAUGGGAGCCCCGAGCUCAAACUCCUUGUGCGCGGCGAGCCCGAGACGGUGGAUGAGGAGCGGGCGGCCAAGAUCCUGGAGCAGGAGGAUCUGGAGAUCCGGGUGAGGUUGGAUGAUUCGGGAGGCCAUGAGGCGGAAGGCUUGGGUGACUUUGAAGAGAGGAAACAUGAGGCGGUUGUGUGGACGUGCGAUUUUAGUCACGAGUAUGUCACUAUCAAUGGGGAUUAUAGGACGUAGGCAGGCAUCUUUUUGGGGAAAUUUGGGAAUAUUUGGAGUUUUAGGGGGAGUUGGGGGAUAUGGAAAAGAGAAGCGACAAUGUGUAAAUUGUCAG